GCAACGUGGAGGUUCUUCAUGGUGGUCUGUGGGUUACAUUAUGUGGUCGUGUUUGGGAUAUGAAAGAUGCUGCAGUGGUGUGUAGAGAGAUGGGCUGUGGAGAGCCUCUGGGUACUGCUCACUUUGGUCAAGGAUCAGGACCAAUAUGGACUGAACGAAUGCAAUGCAAUGGAUCAGAGUCCACACUGAAGAACUGUGGAUCAAGUGGAUCGGCUGUUCAGUAUUGUGGUCAUGAUCAUGAUGCUGGAGUCAUUUGCUCAAAAUUGAAUGUGAGGUUGGUGAAUGGUGGCAGUCCUUGUUCUGGUAGAGUUGAGGUUCUUCAUGAUGGUCAAUGGGGAACAGUGUGUGAUGAUGACUGGGAUCUGAGAGAUGCUGCAGUGGUGUGUAAAGAGGUGAACUGUGGUGAGGCCGUACAGGUGCUUUAUGGGGCUCACUAUGGACCAGGAUCAGGACCAAUCUGGAUGGAUGAAGUGGACUGUAAUGGAUCAGAGCCCACACUGGAGAACUGUAGAUCAAGUGAAUGGGGUGUCAGUGAUUGUGCUCAUGAUAAAGAUGUUGGAGUUAUCUGCUCAGAUUUGAUUGUGAGGUUGGUGAAUGGUAGCAGUCCUUGUGCUGGUAGAGUUGAAGUUCUUCAUGGCCGUCAAUGGGGAACAGUGUGUGACUUUAGUUGGGAUCUGACAGAUGCUGCAGUGGUGUGUAGAGAGCUGGGCUGUGGAGAAGCUGUACAGAUGUUUCAUGGAGCUCACUUUGGAGAAGGAUCAGGACAGAUCUGGAAGGAUUAUAUGCGAUGUGGUGGAUCAGAGUCCACAUUAAAGAAGUGUAGAUCAAAUGAAUGGGGUGUUCACUAUUGUACUCAUAUUCGUGAUGCUGGAGUCAUCUGUUCGGGUGAACUUGUUGCUGGUUCUCAUUUGUGCUCUGGGAGAGUUGAGAUGGCUCGUGGGAACACCUGGAUGUCAGUGUGUGAUGCUGUGUUUGAUGAUCAGGAUGCAGAGGUUGUGUGUAGAGAGAUGAACUGUGGGGUUCCUGUACAGCUGCUGGGUGCAGAUACUUUUGGUAAAGGAGAGGGGCAGGUGUGGACACAAGAGAUUCAAUGUAGAGGAAAUGAAUCUCAAAUAAACUUCUGUCCACACCAAUCUUCAAACAAGAACAACUGUUCACAUGACAAUGAUGUGGGAGUAAUUUGCUCUGGUUACACAGACCUCAGACUGGUGAACGGCUCUGAUAUCUGCUCUGGUCGAGUUGAGCGUCAGUAUUUCAGUAAAUGGGGCUCAGUGUGUGAUGAGUGCAUGAAUAUGAGAGCUGCCAAUGUUCUCUGUAGAGAGCUGAAUUGUGGGAUUGCUGUGUCUGUUGUGGGAGUGGACUGGUUUGGAGAGGGAUCUGGUGAAAUCUGGGCUGAUGUGUUUGAUUGUCAGGGGAGUGAAACAAAACUCUCAGAAUGUUCAAUCUCUUCAUGGAGUCGAGCUGAAUCCUCUCAUAAACAAGAUGUUGGAGUCAUUUGUUCUAAUUCCUCUCUGUCUCUUCAUGAUGGUCGAGUGAGGUUGUCUGGAGAGAGAGAGUGUGAGGGUGAGGUGGAAGUUUACAUUCAUCAGGUUUGGAGGAGAGUUCUGCUGGACUCCUGGAGUCUCACUGAAUCCUCUGUGGUCUGCAGACAGCUGGGCUGUGGCUCUGUGCUGAACUUCACUAACUCCUCUUCAUCCAGUGAUGAACACAGUUAUGAGUGUGUGAUGGGCUUCCAGUGCUCUGGGACUGAAGAUCAUCUGAGAAACUGCAGCUCUCCACAAACUCUCAACUGCAGCGCAACACAACAGCUUUCAAUCACCUGCCACAGUAAGAAUCACAACAUCAUUAGGUCCAUCAGGUUGGUGGGUUCUGGUGGAGAUUGUGCAGGAAGGCUGGAGGUUUUUCACAAAGGCUCAUGGGGUACAGUGUGUGAUGACUCCUGGGAUAUUAAAGAUGCUCAUGUGGUGUGCAGACAGCUGCAGUGUGGAGUGGCUCUCAGUAAUCAGCCAGUACCAGCCUGGUUUGGUCCUGGUUCUGGACCCAUAUGGCUGGAUGAUGUGAACUGUGAGGGGAAUGAGACGUCACUGUGGAGCUGCUCUUCACGGGUCUGGGGAGAUCAUGACUGUAACCAUAAGGAGGAUGUAGGAGUGGUGUGCUCAGAGUUUAAAGAGCUCAGGUUAACUGAAGGCUGUGAAGGGAAUGUGGAGGUUUUCUACAAUGGAUCCUGGGGUAAUGUUUGCAACAAUCAGAUGAACAGAGACACAGCGAGUCUGAUCUGUCAAGAGCUGAACUGUGGAAGAUCUGCCAGUGAACCCAGUUAUUCAGAUGCACUGAGAUCUCAGAAUUGGCUAAAUAAACUAAAAUGCAGAUCAGAUGACUCUACCCUAUGGCAGUGUCCAUCUUUACCCUGGGGAAUAAAUUACUGUGGUCACAAUGAUUCUGUCAAAAUCACCUGUUCAGAGAAGGAGACCCAUCAGUCACCUCGGAGUCGCCUGUCAUGUUCUACCUCACCAUCUUCUUACCAGAAACAAUGUUCAAAUCAUCUUCCUCUCAGACUGAGUGGAGGGAAGGCUCUCUCUAAGAGGAGACACAGGACUCAGACUGAGGCAGUUUAUGAAGAGAUUGAUCACAGACACACAAACACACACAAACACUUCACUCGGAGAGGGAGUCUCAUCUCUGAAGAACAGCAAUCUGGAUAUGAAAAUGAAGAUGAACUUUUCUCAGCAGAACGGAAAAUCACACUAGGAUACUAUAAUGAUGUCAUCACUGUUGGACUGUCGGCAGAUCGUCAGACAGCAGAUGUCCCAGAAGAUUAUGAUGAUGUCAUCAUUGUCAGACAGAACAUUCAAGUGGACGUGCCAGAGAAUUAUGAUGAUGUCAUCAUUAUUAGGCAGAACAGUCAAGGUCUUAGUGGCGUGGCUCUUUGGAUCAACCCCCGGGGUUCUUCGCUCACAGAGGGUCUUCGAAAAAUGAGUUUGCUACCCACAGUACUGAGGGUCUUCGUUCACACAGAGCCUUCGUUGGACACAGUCGUCCUGGCGUCUCUGAUCCAGCGUUCCCAACAGGUUCAACAGGGUCUGAUUAAACCGCUCACAUCCCCCAUUCCCUUGGGGAUGGAACUCAGGGCACCCAAAUGGCUGGAAAACCGCCCUCCACAGUGCUGUGGCCGUAGUGCUUGCGGUCUGGUCGAGGGUGGGGAUGGCCCAGGCGUACUUGGCGCCUCUACUAUCCCGACCAUCAGUCCUUCCUCUUCCUGUCCUCCUUCAGUUCGGGCCGAGCCCCUCGAGUCUUCCCUCACUGGUAGCCGGGAGAGGGCAUCUGCGUUGGUGUGCUCCCGCCCCGGACGCGGGAUGGAGGCUCUGGCUAGCAUAGGCGAUCACCCGUUCUACUCCAUCCUGUUUCUGUGCGAGCACUGCUCCCAGGCCCAAGUUGCUGGCAUCUGUAUAGAAACCCUAAAGGCCGUCUCACACUCCGUGGUCCACUUCACCGUGGGGGAUCCCCGUCCCCGUGGUCGCCCUGUCCCGACCAACAGCUGGUUCAAGGGUCUGGCGAUCUUAGAAAACCCUUUUAUGAAUCGCCGUCCUGGGAGCCUCCCAAUCCCGCACUGCAGAUACCUUCCCGGGGUCAACGGCCACCCCAGCCGCACUCACCACGUGUCCCAAGAACUGCACCUUACGGCGCAGCAAGUGGCACUUUUCCGGUUGCAGCUUCAACCCGUACCUCUCCAUCUCUCGGAUCACCUUUUCCAGGUGUUGCAGGUGGCGGGAGCGUUGCAAAGACCGAAGGGCAUCCGGUCCCACUCGAAAAGACCAAAAGGCGUGGUAAAGGCGGUCUUCUCUCGGUCCCGUUCCUCAACCGGUACCUGCCAGUACCCGCUGGCCAAAUCGAAAGUGGAAUACCAUGCAGACUUAGUCAGACUUGUCAGCGAGUCCUCAAUACGAGGCAGGGGAAACGCAUCUUUCUUGCUUCCGCAGCUCAUCCGCCUGUUCCUGCUCCAGGUCCUCUCCUCGCAAGGAGUCCCCUGUCAAAUGGGCCGGUACCUUUUUCUCUCUCGUCCUAGACGCUCCUUCUGCUUGCGUCAGUGCUACUUCAACUACUGCGGGGUGCACCCGCCGGAAACUCACAUCCUCCUUAUCCCGCACCUGAUGGCCCUCGACCGACGUCACCGUCACCAGCCGCUGGGUCACUUUGGGGGGCGCCGACCACAUGACCCACUGUGGCCGGUCGUCUUAAAAAAAACCCUCGGAGGCUCUUCGUGGUCCGCACUGUCUGCUCACGUGUCCUGCGGUCCCACACCGAUUACAAAUGGGCCUCCCCUGCUCAUCCCACUCGAACCUGGGCCGACUAGCCUGCCAGGGCCGCCUCAUCCCAUCUCGGCCUCGGUCAGAUCUGCUACCUCAGAGGACGCCACCGGGCCCCUCACUGCUGCACAUACGGGGGCCUCCUUUACUUCCACUUGGUCACCUUCCAAGGCCAUGGCCUCCUUUUUUAGGUCAUCGAACGCGUGCAUACUGCUCACGCAGCUUCAGGGCGAAGGCUCGAAUGGACUGGUGGGGGCCCUGCUUGCAGUUAAAGAACUGCGCCCUCAGGACGGCCACAGGGGUAGUAUCACCAUACUGUUCGGUCUUAGUGGCGUGGCUCUUUGGAUCAACCCCCGGGGUUCUUCGCUCACAGAGGGUCUUCGAAAAAUGAUCACCCUCGCCACCUGGCUACGACUCCCUCAAGAGGAUAGUUGGGCGAUAGCUAGACCACCGAUGAGAGGGAACGAUCAAGCCAGCAUAGUCCGUCUGCAAAGCAGCAACGCAGCGUAUACGAAGUACACCACAAGCACCCCGUUUGAUGUCUUCAAAGAUCUUUAUAUUCUCUACCUCUUCUCCUCAUCAGCCUAUCAGCAACCGCUGUUAAUGACCAUUACUGCUGAUCUGAAUGUGAGGUUGGUGAAUGGUGGCAGUCGUUGUGCUGGUAGAGUUGAGGUUCUUCAUGAUGGUCAGUGGGGAACAGUGUGUAGUGAUUGGGGUUGGGAUUUGACAGAUGCUGCAGUGGUGUGUAGAGAGGUGAACUGUGGAAAAGCUGUAGAUGCACCACUAUUUGCUCACUUUGGACCAGGAUCAGGACCAAUCUGGAUGGAUGGUGUGCAUUGCAGUGGAUCAGAGUCCUCACUGAAGAACUGUACAUCAAGUGAAUGGGGUGUUCAUAACUGUGAGCAUGAUGAAGAUGCAGGGGUCAUCUGUUCAGGUCACAAAGUUCCCAGACUUGUUAAUGGACCCCAUUUAUGUUCUGGGAGCGUUGAGGUGAUAACUGGGAAGACAUGGGGCACAGUGUGUGAUGCUGUGUUUGAUGAUCAGGAUGCAGAGGUUGUGUGUAGAGAGCUGAACUGUGGGGUUCCUGUACAGCUGCUGGGUGCAGAUACUUUUGGUAAAGGAGAGGGGCAGGUGUGGACACAAGAGAUUCAAUGUAGAGGAGAUGAAUCUCAAAUAUACUUCUGUUCACAACAAUCUUCAAACAAGAACAACUGUUCCCAUGAUAAUGAUGUGGGAUUGAUUUGCUCUGGUUACACAGGAUUGAGACUGGUGAACGGCUCUGAUAUCUGCUCUGGUCGAGUUGAGCGUCAGUAUUUCAGUAAAUGGGGCUCAGUGUGUGAUGAGUGCAUGAAUAUGAGAGCUGCCAAUGUUCUCUGUAGAGAGCUGAAUUGUGGGAUUGCUGUGUCUCUUGUGGGAGUGGACUGGUUUGGAGAGGGAUCUGGUGAAAUCUGGGCUGAUGUGUUUGAUUGUCAGGGAACUGAAACAAAACUCUCAGAAUGUUCAAUCUCUUCAUGGAGUCGAGCUGAAUCCUCUCAUAAACAAGAUGUUGGAGUCAUUUGUUCUAAUUCCUCUCUGUCUCUUCAUGAUGGUCGAGUGAGGUUGUCUGGAGAGAGAGAGUGUGAGGGUGAGGUGGAAGUUUACAUUCAUCAGGUUUGGAGGAGAGUUCUGCUGGACUCCUGGAGUCUCACUGAAUCCUCUGUGGUCUGCAGACAGCUGGGCUGUGGCUCUGUGCUGAACUUCACUAACUCCUCUUCAUCCAGUGAUGAACACAGUUAUGAGUGUGUGAUGGGCUUCCAGUGCUCUGGGACUGAAGAUCAUCUGAGGAACUGCAGCUCUCCACAAACUCUCAACUGUAGCUCCAGACAACUGCUGUCAAUCACCUGCCUUGGUCAGAAUUACAAUAUCUGUCAGCAGUCCAUCAGGUUGGUGGGUUCAGGUGGAGAUUGUGCAGGAAGGCUGGAGGUUUUUCACAAAGGCUCAUGGGGUACAGUGUGUGAUGACUCCUGGGAUAUUAAAGAUGCUCAUGUGGUGUGCAGACAGCUGCAGUGUGGAGUGGCUCUCAGUAAUCAGCCAGUACCAGCCUGGUUUGGUCCUGGUUCUGGACCCAUAUGGCUGGAUGAUGUGAACUGUGAGGGGAAUGAGACGUCACUGUGGAGCUGCUCUUCACGGGUCUGGGGAGAUCAUGACUGUAAACACAAGGAGGAUGUAGGAGUCGUGUGCUCAGAGUUUAAAGAGCUCAGGUUAACUGAAGGCUGUGAAGGGAAUGUGGAGUUUUUCUACAAUGGAUCCUGGGGUAAUGUUUGCAACAAUCAGAUGAACAGAGACACAGCGAGUCUGAUCUGCCGAGAGCUGAACUGUGGAAGAUCUGUCCGUCUGUCUUAUUCCACAUCAAGAGUGCCAUCAGCUCAUAACUGGUUGGAUAAAGUUAAAUGUCGACCACAUGACUCAAAUCUGUGGCAGUGCCCAACUUCACCCUUGGGAAAGAAUUACUGUAGUCAAAAUGAAGUAGCUCAUAUCACCUGCUCUGAUCAUCUUCCCCUCAGACUGAGUGGAGGGAAGGGUUUGUGUUCGGGGAGAUUGGAGGUUUAUCAUAACUCUGUGUGGGGUUCAGUCUGUGAUGAUCUGUGGGACAUCAGAGAUGCUCAGGUGGUCUGCAGGCAGCUGGGUUGUGGAGCAGCAUUGAGUGCUGAUGGGAAUGAAGCGUUUGGUGCUGGUGAAGGUGUUGUGUGGAUGAACAGAGUCGAGUGCAGAGGGACUGAGAUUCACCUGUGGGACUGUCCUCAUGUCCUGAAAAAUCACACUGACUGCUCACACAAAGAACAAGUUAGACUCAUCUGUGCAGUGGACAUGCUAGAUGAUUAUGAUGAUGUCAUCAUUAUUGGACAGAGUUCUCGAGCUGUAACAGAGGGUUCAUGA